AUGUGUUGCAGGCCUGCCACUCCCCAGCACAGAGCGAUGAGGGGGGAGAACAUCACCAAGGUGAGCACGUUCGUGCUGCUGGGCUUCCCCACCACACCCGAGCUGCAGUACGUGCUCUUCCUCCUCCUCCUGCUCGCCUACCUCUUCAUCCUGGUGGAGAACCUGGCCAUCAUCCUCACGGUCUGGGCCAGCCCCUCCCUCCACAGGCCCAUGUACUACUUUCUGAGCUCCAUGUCAUCCUUGGAGAUCUGGUAUGUGUGUGACAUCAUGCCCAAGAUGCUGGACGGCCUCCUCCUUCAGCGGAAACGCAUCUCUUUUGUCGGGUGCAUGACGCAGCUCUACUUCUUCAGCUCCCUGGUGUGCACAGAGUGUGUGCUCCUGGCUUCCAUGGCCUACGACCGCUACGUGGCCAUCUGCCACCCCCUGCGCUACCACGUUAUCAUGACCACUCUGCUGGCCACUGUGUUGUCCUACGGGCACAUCACCCUGGCUGUCCUGCACAUCCCCUCAGCUGCUGGCCGUUGGAGAGCCUUCUCCACCUGUGCCUCACACCUCACCGUGGUCACCAUUUUCUACAUGGCCAUGAUCUUCAUGUAUGUCCGGCCCCAGGCCAUUGAUACACGGAGCUCCAACAAGCUCAUCUCUGCUGUGUACACUGUCCUCACCCCCAUCCUGAACCCCUUGAUCUACUGUCUGAGGAAUAAAGAAUUUAAGGAUGCCUUGAAAAAGGCCUUGGGCUGGGGUCAAACUUCACAGAACAAUUAA